AUGGGUUCAACGGAGAAGGUACAUGGCGUCCAGCCACAUUCACCACCCGCAUUGGGCAACUUGGUGCCCAACAAUGAACAUGAAACUGAACAUGAACUCCCCGAAAAAAGAGUCAACGGGGGCCUUGAUGCAUGGCUAAACGUUCUUGCGGGCUUUUGCGUUUUUGUCAAUUCUUGGGGCCUGUUAACGACCUAUGGCGCUUUUCAAGAGUACUACCAGACAGUCCUUCUACCAAAUGAGACACCAUCCACAAUCUCAUGGGUGGGCAGUAUCCAGGGCACUCUCAUUCCAUUAGUUGGUCUUGCUGCGGGACCAUUAGUUGAUGUCGGAUACUUGCGCCCUCUUAUUUUAGCCGGAAGUUUCCUGACUGUGUUCGGAAUGAUGAUGACCAGUCUCGCCACUUCGUACUACCAGGUGUUGCUUGCACAAGGAUUCUGCGUCGGAGUGGGAGGCGGCAUUUCCUACAUCCCAGCUCUCGUCGUGAUCUCCUCGAGUUUCACCACAAAACGCCCAAUCGCCAUCGGAUGCGCAUCAAUCGGGUCUAGCGUGGGGGCCGUCAUUUUCCCUGUCAUGUUCCGCCAGCUGCAGCCCAAGGUCGGGUUCCCAUGGGCAGUCCGCAGCAUCGGCUUCAUCAGUCUAUUCCUUGCGAUUAUAGCAUGUGUAAUCUUGUGCCGACAACCGGGCCAAAGGACCCAUGCAAGAAGUCUUAUUGAUUGGAGUGCCUUCCGUGAACCAUCUUUUAUGAUGUUUUCAGUCUCGCUGACGUGUGUCAUGCUCGCCUACUACGUUCCCAUUUUCUAUGUCGCUUCCUAUGCCCGCACGGUGGUGCAUACCACGACCGAUUUUAGCUUUUAUAUGGUUGCUAUUGUCAACGGGACAUCGGUCGUUGGCCGUGUUGUUCCGUAUUUGCUUGUUUCGUAUAUCAAGCCCAUUGGAAUCCUAAUAUUCUCUGUGAUGGCGUCAGCGAUUGCUAUGUUCACUUGGAUUGCGGCUACCGAAAUGGCUGGGUUUAUUGUCUGGGCGUGCUACUGGGGAUCUCUCAGUGGUGUUUUGGUUACAGCGCCGACUUCCAUUGUGGCACAUCCGAUUUUCUGUCCAGACUCGAGCUUUUUGGGGACUCGUUUAGGCAUGAUGUGGGGUAUAUCGUCUUUCGGGGCGCUCGCUGGAACUCCCAUUGCAGGUGCUUUGGUAAAUCUUGAAACCGCUGAGUUUUUACAUGCUCAGCUCUUUGCCGGAUGCAUGAUGGUUGGGGCUGUCUUGUUGCAGAUUUGGCCAACUAUCAGGGUGGUUCGGUAUGAUCUGGAGCAUCCUCGCAAAAAAUGA